AGGAAGAGGAACUGUUGGGGAUCACCUUGAGCUGCUCUCAGUCUGCCUGCAGUCGCAUCGGUCUCAACGUUGCCUAUUUGAUCCAAGAACAUCCCCUGUUAAACCAGUGAACACCAUGCCGCUGCCAAAAUCUGUCGACAUGGGCUCUGCCUUCAUCCAGACGCAGCAGCUCCACGCUGCCAUGGCUGACACUUUCCUGGAACACAUGUGUCUGCUGGACAUCGACUCUGAACCCACCACUGCACGCAACACUGGCAUCAUUUGCACCAUUGGUUAUGGCACUGCUGAAGUGGAGCUGAAGAAAGGCAACAUGAUCAAGGUUACCUUAGAUGAUGCUUAUCAGGACAACUGCAGCGAUGAGAUCCUCUGGCUCGACUACAAGAACAUUACCAAAGUGGUGGAAGUUGGCAGCAAAGUCUACAUUGAUGAUGGGCUCAUGUCUCUGCAGGUCAAGGAGAUUGGCUCUGAUUAUCUUAUGUGUGAGAUUGAGAAUGGUGGCACCCUUGGCAGCAAGAAGGGAGUGAAUCUCCCAGGUGCUGCCGUAGACCUGCCUGCUGUUUCAGAUAAAGACAUUAAGGACCUGCAGUUUGGUGUCGAGCAGGGAGUCGACAUGGUCUUUGCCUCCUUCAUUCGUAAAGCGGCAGAUGUGCAUGCUGUCCGAAAUGUGCUGGGAGAGCCCGGCAAACACAUCAAGAUCAUCAGCAAGCUGGAGAACCACGAGGGUGUCCGCAGAUUUGAUGAGAUCAUGGAGGCCAGCGACGGCAUCAUGGUUGCCCGCGGUGACCUGGGUAUUGAGAUCCCCACAGAAAAGGUCUUCCUUGCCCAAAAGAUGAUGAUUGGUCGCUGCAACAGAGCUGGCAAACCAAUCACAUGUGCCACUCAGAUGUUGGAGAGCAUGAUCAAGAAGCCUAGACCCACCCGUGCUGAGGGCAGUGAUGUAGCCAACGCUGUCCUGGAUGGAGCGGACUGCAUCAUGCUGAGCGGUGAGACCGCCAAGGGAGAUUACCCUCUGGAGGCUGUUCGCACGCAGCACAUGAUAGCACGAGAGGCAGAAGCAGCCACCUUCCACAGACAGCUGUUCGAAGAGCUGAGGAAGACCACCCAGCUGACCGGAGACCCUGCAGACGCUGUAGCAAUUGGAGCUGUUGAAGCGUCCUUCAAGUGCUGCGCUACUGGCAUCAUUGUUCUGACUAAGAGUGGGAGGUCUGCCCACCUGCUGUCCAGGUACAGACCCCGUGCCCCCAUCAUUGCCGUGACCCGUAAUGCUCAGACUGCUCGUCAGGCCCACCUGUACCGCGGGAUCUUCCCCGUCCUUUACACCAAGCCCGCCCACGAUGUUUGGGCUGAGGACGUGGACAUGCGUGUCAACUUCGCCAUAGAAAUGGGCAAGGCCAGAUGCUUCUUCAAAGAGGGCGACGUUGUGAUCAUCCUGACCGGCUGGCGCCCCGGCUCCGGUUACACCAACACCAUGCGUGUGGUUCUUGUGGCCUGAGCAGCCAACACAAGCUGUGCUGCUUCCUCCCUUCACUUUCAUCUGUCGUUCAUAGUUCUCCAUACUAGUUCUCCUAAACCCCUUUCAUGCAGUCAGGGCUCACAGACUCAGCUGUUUAAAGUUUAGACAAUGAUAUAGAGUUGAGCUUUAAAGUUGGGCCUCAGUGGCCCAAGAGCUGUUUGGAUGGGGAAGAAGUUCUUAACUAUUCCAUUUAAUGUUUUCAUUCCUUUAGCCUUGAUUUUUCACAAUCGGACCAGUCUUCAGGGCCUCAGAUUAAUACACCUUGACCAAAAACUGCUGUAUUUAUUCACUCCAACACUUGGAUUGGUAAAGUCUGAGUGGAUACAUCCUUGUGUGUGUGUGCGUGUUCAUCCCGUCUCCUGUUUGGGUGUAGCUGCUGGUGGAGCCGAUUGACCUGAACGGCGAGUUGGAACCGUUUACUUAUCACACUCCUGCUGGCGUAACGAACAAAGUGUUAGCGUUCUGAAACAAAGAGCGCCCCCACCCCCCCACUGCAGCGCUGCCUCGACUUCACCCAAACAGAUCGCUCCGUAAUGCUGUCUGCAUAAGUGUCCUCCCAUAUUUACCAGCUCCGAAUGUGUUUCAGCGUAUGUUGGUGUUGCACUCCCAGUUUGCUCCGCACAUUGUUACAUUCUACACUAUACUUGACUUCUGAGUAGUGAACGUUUGGUUUUUGAGACUUUCGAAUCGGAUUAUAUAUUUUGUCUGACUUCAAAGAAACGAUAGUUUUGCAGGUGUUUGAGAGAGUUACUGUUUUUUGUUAGAUGUGUGAUAUAAAAACGUUAAAUUCCUUUGGAUUCUGAUUUUAUUUGAGGCAGAGCGUUUAAGACGGUUGCACCUUUUUAGGGUAUUUUUCAGAUGAGUGAUAAAAAUCUGUCCUCUGCAAAAUGACUGAUAGAAUUUGUCUUCUGUGUUGGUGAUCCACUGUAACUGUCUCUGUGAGUCUAAUAUGCUUCUGAUUGUAAUAAUAGAGUAUAAGAACUUAACUAUAUUUAAAAGGAUAACGUGUUUAGCUGGUGUACUAACCUGUCCCACAAGACUGGAGUUCCUUCAAUAAAAGAGACGAGCACCCAUCUGAA